UCUUUGCGAGUUCGAGAAUUGGGCCAAGCGUUGCUGGAAUUGGGCGUCGGUCGAGAUGCAGAUCUUCGUGAAGACCCUCACGGGCAAGACUAUCACCUUGGAGGUCGAGAGCAGUGAUACUAUCGACAAUGUGAAGACUAAGAUUCAGGACAAGGAAGGAAUUCCCCCUGACCAGCAGAGGUUAAUUUUCGCUGGAAAGCAACUCGAGGAUGGGCGCACUCUCGCGGACUACAACAUCCAAAAGGAGUCGACCCUACAUUUGGUGCUCCGUCUGCGUGGAGGUAUCAUCGAGCCUUCCCUUAUGGCUUUGGCCAGGAAGUACAACCAGGACAAGAUGAUCUGCCGAAAAUGCUACGCCAGAUUGCACCCACGAGCUGUUAACUGUAGGAAGAAGAAAUGCGGUCACAGUAACCAGCUGAGGCCGAAGAAGAAGAUCAAGUAGACAUUGGAUCUUGUUUUUGGGUGGAAGUGGAUUGGGAGUAAAUCGCAAUCUUCACACGUUGCAAAUUUUUACGCCUUUUAUACUGCUCAACAGUUCACAUCUUUUUGAAACAUAUCACCAUAGCUACAACCACCAUAUACUCAAUGUGUGAUCUUGAGAUUCUGUAACAGAAGGCACGUCACCUGAAAUGGUAUCUGGGGUAUCAGGGCCAUUUAGAUUUAUCGAACACAAAAGGUUAUUAUUGGCAAGUGACAUUGUUAUUGAAACCUGUGAUAUUUGAACUCCUGGAAUCAGCAGCAAAGCAACUACAUUUUGAGCUCAUGAGGUGCGGCGACGAAAAGAUGUUUCUGAUUCGUCCUAAUUCACUGUGCUAUGAGACAAUUUUGUUAUAUUUUGUACAUUUCGUUGAGAUCUUCUACCGUG